AUGAUGCCGACUUGGCCAGCCGCCCCACCGCCUUCGGGCGCUCAGCCAUCGAAUGGGUACACAGCUUCUUAUUCUGCUCCCGCCUACACAACGGUUCAGGUCCGACAGUCGUUCGGCCAGUCCUACUCCACCCCGCAACCUCCCUACCCCAUCGCACAUGCUUACGGCCACUCCCAAUCCCUUUCGCCGCCCAACACAGCUAAUAUUGCACCGAACGUGACUGCCGCGCCCCCUGCAGCCCAGGAGCAGGCUAAGACAAAGAUCGACUGGCCAGAGUCGGUUCGCCGAUACGUCCAGCGAUCUUUCAUGCCUGCCAAUAUAGAUCCGAGCGUCCCGAGGCAGGAAAUGGAAGCCAAGCUCAAGCACACAAUUACCCAAGCCCACGAGAACGGCGUCAUGUAUUCGCUCGACUGGAACACCAUGCCACUUCCUCAGCACAUGAUCCGCGAGGAACGCGCGCGAUCGUUGCUUCCUCUCCACUCGAAGCCACAGGCCCAGACCCCAUCUCCGGUCCCUGGCACCAGCGCUGUGUCCAAGAAGAGGAAGUCUUGGGAUCUGACAGACCCGGCAGCUCCUUCAUCGACCUCCCCGCCUUGGCGCAAUGGGCCGGGCCGCCUUGAGGACCGUGUCUCCUUCUCGUCUGACAAACGUCAGCCCAGCGACGAGCUUCUCCCGAAACAAACAAGUAAGUUCAACAGAGCGGACAAGCGCCAGAAACGCACCGACGGAGAGUACAAGACCUUUCGUGAAGACACUCCUCCACCCUCCGAGGGUCCGGUUGUUGGGACUUGCCAAGAUCUGGAGAAGCGCUAUCUCCGCCUCACCGCGGCUCCAAAGCCUUCUCAAGUCCGUCCUCCGCACAUCUUGCGCCAGACGCUGGAGCUCCUCAAAAAGAGGUGGAAGAAGGAUCAGAAUUACUCGUACAUUUGCGACCAGUUCAAGUCCAUGAGACAGGAUCUCACAGUCCAGCGUAUUCGGGAUGACUUCACCGUUGAGGUGUAUGAAAUUCAUGCCCGAAUUGCGUUGGAAAAGGGGGAUCUCGGUGAGUACAAUCAGUGCCAGACCCAGCUCAAGGCGCUGUACAAGCUGGGUCUGAAAGGCAAGGCCAAUGAGUUCAAGGCGUAUCGAAUCUUGUAUUACAUCCACACAGCGAACCGCACAGAGCUGAAUAACGCUCUGGCCGAUCUAACUGCUGCAGAAAAGACGGACAAGGCCAUCAAGCACGCCCUAGACGUGCGUUCCGCCUUGGCCUUAGGCAACUACCACAGAUUCUUCCAGCUCUACAACGAGACGCCCAACAUGGGCGCAUAUCUCAUGGACAUGUUUGUCGGCCGAGAGCGUUUAGCUGCGUUGUGUAAUAUCUGCAGGGCGUACAAACCAGACGUGCCGCUACGCUUCGUUACCGAAGAGCUCUACUUCGAAUCUGAUAUGGAGGCGGCACAGUUCAUCAUUGACCAUGGCGGCCAGGACCUCCUCGAAGAGCGCAACAACACCAUCGUGUUCCUGACUGCUAAAGCGGGCCAGACGUUUGAAGGCCCUCGCACUGCAGCCUUCUCGCGCGUCGACAUCAAAGGCCAGAUCUGA